CGACGGCCGCAAGUAUCGCAACUUUCUCUCUCUAAAAACCCAAAUCCAACGUCUCCGUUUCUCUCUCUUCAAACGCUUCUUCUUCUUCUGCUUCUUCUUCUUCUUCUUCUUCUUCUUCAUCUCUCUCUCUAUAUUACCCCUUUUCUCAUCCUCUCUUCUUCACCUUCAUUGAUCUGAAAAUCGAAUGAUGGAUUAUCAUUCUAAGCCAAGUCUGUAAAAGAUUCAAAAAAAGAAAAAAGAACAUUUUUUCACGAGAUUAAUGUUGUUGACAUUUGCGAGUUCUGUAUCCUGGGUCUACGGAGUUGGAAACGAGAAGAAGAUCGCGUCUGAUAAUAUAGUUAUAACCACUGAUUUAAUGAACGAUUUGAUAGCUGGUUCUUUUGGUUAGAGACAUGUGAGUUAUGGUAUCCACGACAUUCAGGAGAAUUGUGACACCUUGUUGGAGACCUUUUGGUACUGGAGAAGGUUCGGUUCCAGAUGAAGAUGGUAACGGCCGUCUUGAUGGUCUCUUGUGGUACAAAGAUCACGGUAACCACCUCACCGGAGAGUUCUCUAUGGCGGUGGUUCAAGCGAACGCUCUUCUCGAAGACCAUAGCCAGUUAGAGUCUGGUCCUGUUAGUUUUCGCGAGUCUGGUCCCGAAGCGACUUUUGUCGGCGUUUAUGAUGGUCACGGAGGUCCUGAGGCAGCUCGGUUUGUGAACGAGAGGUUGUUUUGUAACAUGAGACGGUGCGCGUCUGAGCAGAGAGGAGGGGUCUCUCCUGAUGUGAUCACUAGAGCCUUUGUCGCGACGGAAAAGGAGUUUCUUGGUUUGGUUCAGGAGCAGUGGAAGACCAAACCGCAGAUUGCUUCUGUGGGAGCUUGUUGCUUGGUGGGUGUUGUUUGUAAUGGAUUGCUGUAUGUUGCAAACGCUGGAGACUCUCGUGUCGUCUUGGGGAGGCUUCAGAGUCCGUUUAGAGAGACGAAGGCUGUUCAGCUAUCCUCGGAGCAUAACGCUAGUAUCGAGUCCGUGAGAGAGGAGUUGCGUUUGUUGCAUCCUAAUGACCCGAACAUUGUGGUAUUGAAGCACAAAGUGUGGCGUGUGAAAGGGAUCAUACAGGUUUCGAGAUCCAUAGGUGACGCGUACUUGAAGAGAGCAGAGUUUAACCAAGAACCGUUGUUGCCUAAGUUUAGAGUUGCGGAACGUUUUGAGAAGCCUAUAAUGAGAGCUGAGCCGACGAUAACAGUUCAUAAGAUUCACCUUGAAGAUCAGUUUCUUAUAUUUGCUUCGGAUGGUUUAUGGGAGCAACUAAGUAACCAAGAAGCAGUUGACAUCGUUAACUCUUGUCCACGCAAUGGUGUGGCUAGGAGGUUAGUGAAAGCUGCAUUGCAAGUAGCAGCAAAGAAGAGAGAGAUGAGGUAUUCUGAUUUGGAGAAGAUAGAACGUGGUAUCAGGAGACACUUUCAUGAUGAUAUCACAGUGAUUGUUGUUUUUCUCCACACUGCAAAUUUGGGAGUUCGAACUCCGGUCUCUGUCAGAGGAGGUGGUGUUCUCUCAGGCAAUGCCAUUUUCUAGUCUUUUUUUUGUGGUUACUCAAUAAUAAACAAAAUAUAGUUCUUUUUCCCUUUUUCAAAUCAGAAAUUUGAUUUUGUUUGCUUCUUCUAUACAAUUUUUUUUAUAAUCUUCUUUUGGGUUGUCCGUUACUUUGUUUAAAUUAUUUUCUAAACUCAAAUUGUAAAUUUUAUUUCCUUUUUUACCAAAACUAUAUGGUGACUAUGUUUAGUUA